CCGAGUCCGCUCAGCUCUCUUCAACCGCCGCUCCGACGGACUCUGCGGCGGCGAGACGGACGUCGCCCGCCCCGGUCGAAGGUUCCAAAGCCACCGACCGUCAAGCUAAAGAUCCCAACUUUCCCUCGCCGUAAAUGCAUUCUCUUCGCGUCCCUUCGCCGUCGGAGCACCUCGACACCCUCGCGCGAAGGCCCUCGGUCCACGCACCCGCCGGAGCGCGAGCGCGAGGCCUCUACUCCUCUUUCGUCUCCUCCGCCAGGCUCGGCAGAAGUUUCGCCGCCGCCACGGACGUCGCUCCCAGAGAAGGGGAGUGGGAGCUGGGCGGCGCGGGCGGCCUGCCGGCGGGGCUCCGGCGGGACGCGAUGCCGAGGCACGUCGCGGUGAUAAUGGACGGGAACGCCAGGUGGGCCCGGCGGCGGGGGCUGCCGGCGGCGGCGGGGCACGAGGCCGGGGUGAGGUCGCAGGAGCUCAUCGAGCUCUGCCGCGAGUGGGGGGUCGGAGUCCUCACCGUCUUCGCCUUCUCGUCCGAGAACUGGGUUCGGCCAAAGGCUGAGGUUCAACUUUUGAUGGGAUUGUUCGAAAGAGUGAUUAAAAUGGAGCUGGAGAAUUUCAUGAGGGACGGAGUUAAAAUAUGCUUGAUUGGAGAUUCCUUGAAGCUUCCCAAGUCAUUGCAAAAAGUGUUUGUGGAUGCAGAGGAGAUGACUAAAAACAACUCCAGACUCCAACUUAUUGUGGCAGUGAGCUACAGCGGGAAGCAUGAUAUAGUACAAGCAUGCAAAACCAUUGCUCACAAGGUAAAAGAUGGUCAUCUUGAGUUGGAGGACAUCAGCGAGGGACUAAUAGAAUGGGAGCUAGAGACGAGCUGCAGCGAAUAUCCCUGCCCAGAUUUACUGAUUCGCACGAGCGGUGAACUUAGGCUCAGCAACUUUAUGUUGUGGCAGUUAGCCUACGCUGAACUUUUCUUUGUGCCGGCACUGUGGCCUGAUUUCGGGAAAGCUGAGUUUAUAGAAGCCUUGCUUUCUUAUCAACAGAGGCAGAGACGAUAUGGAUCGCGGAUUUCCUAAUAUUAAGAAGAUUAUUUUCAUAUUCAUUGCCUUGAUGGGGAUUGAUUGAUCCAACUGAUCCACCUCUCUGAAUCCAUGUCAUCCUGUUAAGGUGGUAAGUUUCAUACAUUGCGAGAAUUGAUUUGUUGUUUAUUUCAUUGUAGAUGCAGAUGCAUGCCAUUGCAAUGCUGUGUAACUUGGAACUCAUCCAAGUUCCUUACAGUGGAUUCGACCUGUUAUAUUUCUUGAUUAAUAGGGAUAGACCGAUUCCGUGGACAUCUCGAAAAUAAUUCUCUUUGAAUGCUUCUAAGCUGUAUUCAUCAAAUACACAGUUGUAACAGGCUUAUAGAUGUCAUGGCCUACUUCAAACUCUGCGAUUCUUUGAGGAAGCAUUGCUUCUGCUUCGUCAAGAAUGUAUGAACUUUGGCUGCUUGUGCUUUG